UUUGCCUUCCUCGCAGAUCCUAUCUCCUCCAGGGUGAACCAUAGUCCGCGGGUAGUCCUAUUGUCAAAUAGACCACGGGCGUGGGUCACGUUUCUCUUGCGCCGAACGGUGCACCGCGGUGGCUUUGACAUCGCCACCGGCACACGAGGUGUUGUCGCCGAUGCCGUAGGUGGGAAUCAGUACGUCGGCGUCUAUCGCGGCGUGCGGACCUCGACGAUGUGUCGCGGCGCGUUUCAACGUGCGCGCAAAAAAACGAGCGACUGAGCUCGACGUCGAGGCGAAACGUUUCUCCAAACGAAUCUCGAGAUACCCGGGGGUUCGUUGAAGUGCUUGUCCCAAUUGAUCCACCCUUCUCGCAAUGGUGAUCAAUGCUAAUCCCGAAACGCUAAAAUGAUCUCUCGCGUGCGUACCCUUCGAGCCAUCAGACGAUUUAAUCUCCAGUGAAAGAAAAAACGCGCGUGCGGUGAAUUCGACGGUGGAAUUCGAUGUUUCAUUCUGACACGCGGCAAUUAGCCCAGCUGAUAGAUAUCGGAGAAGAUACGUCGCCACGCGACGCGGAGGAACGGGGAACUCCCUCGUUGUAGACGCGCGCGACGGGGAUUAUCGGUCUAUGAGGGCGUCAGAGAGAAGCGAGAAAGUUCAGGCAGAAAAGCAGAUAGCGCGUAAAUUCCUCUAUCCGGUCUCGUCGGCGGUACGUUCAUCGUGCGCGUGUUCCAUGUCGAUGCGACUAGAACAAGAAGAUACGAAUUACAACAAGGACAACGCACACCUCGCUACGUAGACUAUUCAUUCGAGCGGGCGUUUUUGCCAUUCUUCAGUUUCUUGACUAGAACAUUGGAUAAGUCUUCUAGAAGACUUCUAAGAGUCUGCCUACAAAUCGCACAAUGUUUUGCUUCCAAAGUCCCUUCACGCGAUCGUCGCGUGGCGUUAUGUCCACCGCAUCGCUGUCGAAGAGCAAGUCCUCGCUGACCAAUGCGAUUCUAUCGCCAACCGCCAGAACGUCCAACGUGAGCGAGAGCAACCGACGCGGCUCCGAGGCGACCAGCGAGGGCUCCAACUCUUCCAUCAGGUACAUCGAUCAGGAGGCCUCGAUGUCCGGCGGUAGCAGCACGGACACAUUACCGGGUAUCCGUGCUGAUUACCUCGAUCCUGAACCCUUAUCGCCCGGAGCGGACGCUCUGACUUCGCCUAGCGGCAUAAUGGUCGUUUUGAACGGCAACAAUACCAAUGACCAACAGUUUAUGCUGCAGGAUGAGAGCCAUCAGAUUACGCGUUCUCUGCCGUCGCCGAAAAAGUCGAACAACAACGGCAGCAGUUGGCGCCGCAAGCUCAUGCUGCGUCUUCGUUCCAACGAUUCCGCAAACUUGAACAACGGCGAGAUACGUUCCUCCUCGACGUCUCCUUCACCCGCGAGCGAAUCGAUAGCGGAGUCUUCGUCUUCAUCAAGGAAUCCUCGUGUAGACGAGGGGCAGCAUGGUGGCAAUACCACCGCGACGACCGUCUCGUCGCCGUCGGUGCAGAUCGACGUGAUCGACGAGAGCCCUCAGGUAGCUGCCGCCUCUGUCAGCGAUAUACCAUCUCUGGAGAAUGGCUUCAGCGAGCCCGAGGAUGAAAAUGACGACGAAGAGGAUGAAGAGGAGGCCUCUCCGGAGACCGAGACUGAGGAGGGUUCAUCUUUACCGUCCAGCCCAGCAGCCGCGUCCACCGUCGGCUUGACUACUUCCGCGGCGCCUUAUUACGACUUCCUGUCGGUGAACGGCGGUACCAUGCGACAAGAGACCACCAGUACUAGCUCGCCGCAGCUAUCGUCCGGCGCGAGUUUGCGUUCCAGCGUGGAGUCACCGCCCGCUGACACCUGCAGCUCCUACGGUGAGGACAGCAGCCCGGGCAUGGACUCGCUGAAGCCCGAGGGCCUGGACGCGUCUGGGUGCCUGCCAGCUGCAAGAUCAUGUCCGAAUCUGGAGCGGCAAAGCGCUGGUUGCUCAUCAGCCAGCGGCUCGUCGAGCGCGAGCCCGAGUCCGGGACCAGCCGGACCUCGUUUCAAGCCUCUCGAGGAAGGCGACAUACAGGUGUGCUAUCUGAAUCACACCCGGACCCUCGUGAAGAAGAUCCUGUCCAGCAAAUUCCUCAGACGUUGGGAAACCCAUCAUCUCUAUCUCAAUGAUGCUUGCUUAUCCUCCAAAACGCUCACGGGUUUUCUUCAGCAACCUAUUCCGUACAGCAGCAUGUCGGAGGUUCGGAAAUACGUUGUCGCCAGAUGGGAUCCUGCAUAUAAGAACUGCCUCAGCAUCGUCCUGCCGGACGGUUCGCUUCUUUUGCAAGCUAGCAACGCUUACACGAGGGACCAAUGGUACCACUCGAUAUUAUGGAAGAAAAGUAUCUUCAAGUAUCAACAUCUCGUCUCGAUGAGCUCUCGGGAAGAGGUAAUAUUGCGCGAAUUGCGCACCAUGGUGGACUUUGCCCUGUGGACACCGCUCCAGGACGAGAGAGUGGCAGGCGCCCCGCUGGAGGCGGUCGCUAAAUUGUUAGACGAGCCCAGCGUGGAGCCUGACUUGGACGGGAAAACAGAGGAGGUUGUUCACGAUCGCAGGAGCUGGGCGGAGGCCGUUCUCGCCGUGGUGGCUCCGCUUUUGGAAAAAGCGGCACCGCCGGCGGCGCUUGCGAGGGUACUCGCCAAACUGGCGCAACAGCAUCCGCGAUCGCAACUGGUCCCGAUGCUCAGUCCGGCGAUCACGAGAUGCCUGAAGCAUACCGUUGACUUUGGCAAGUCGCCGGACAUGAGAAAGCUGUUACAGGUGUUCGUUGCCGCUUUGUACGAGAACAAUGAUGGUGAGCAGGCGAUCAGGGAUUACAUCUCGUCGGUUCAUGGACCGGGUAGCGAUUGUCCACACCCGAGAGUGCUUCCCAAUCUCAUGUCCAUCUGUGUCGCGGCCAUAUUCCACAGGUUCGAAGUGUCGGGUCGCGCGUCAUCGAAUGAGGACAAACCACCGUCGUUACCGCCAUUGCACUGUUAUUUGCUCGUCUUGAAUAUCGCGUCGGAAUACGCUGACUGGCGUUCGGGUCUUGGGGCACUACUGCAACCCGUCCCAUUCCCAGAAGAGGCUUUGGCUGUGAGAGAAGUUCAGGAGUCUGUACUGAUGUGCGUGAUGCAACGACUGGCGAAAGACCCGAGAUGCACGGUGCAUCGCGUCUUGCUGCCCGUCAGGGAACCGCGUCCAGGCUGGAUUCACAUUGCCGCACCAUCCAGCCCGGCUUGUCCAGAUCGUGGGGAACUAUUCGGCGAGAUGCUGACGACUCUGCUGGCGUGCUGCUGUCGACGGAAGAGAUUCAUCGCAUCCCUGUUGAAGCAAGCAGGCGAUGAUUGCAUUCUGCUGGCGGUGCGGGGCUGCGACGCCGCGCAAGAAGCGCUCUGCUUGAUGCUCGAGUGGCGCUUACUGCCGAACGAGGAGGCGAGACUUCAAAUAGUUAACGCGCUUGAGUCUACAGAAUCCGGAAAGGAGCGCUACGCCGCUCUCUGCCAGAGACAGAAAAAUCUCCAGGAGUUGCAACAAAAGGGCGGGCCCCGGAAAUUAACGCUCCCAGUUCGAGCGACCGACGCCGACGUUGCCCUUCUGUUAGGCGGUCGUGCUCUCGGUAAUCUCGAAUGCCUCAGCCUGGCCUUCACCUCUGUGACGUCCGCGUGCGCCGAACAAUUGAUAAAGUUGCCGGCGCUGAGAUAUUUGAACCUGUGGGCUACGCAAUUCGGCGACGCCGGCCUACAGAUGAUUAGCGAGCAUCUGCAGAAGCUGCAGGUGCUGAACCUCUGCGAGACGCCAGUGUCCGACAAAGGCAUCUCCACGUUGGCCUCAUUAACCAGCCUAAGGAAAUUGAAUCUUAAUAGUACGAAGCUGUCGGCUCAGACAUUCGAGUCGUUGAAGAAGCGACUACCGGCCCUGCAGGAAUUCGACGUUCGAUAUACGGAGGCCUGGUGACCCUGGUUUGAAGUCACGACGUCCAGCACUUCGCCCAACGGCGGUAGUGUUCGUCGUGACUUGAGAACGAAGAAGCAACGCUGAGGUGUUUGGUCGUCCCGAAGAAAAUUCAACAGACGUCACGAGAUGACGUCCGUAUUCUCGGUGUAAUCAAUUCAAGUGAAUAUCGAGCAUUGGGCGCGAUAAAUUCGUUUGUUUUGCUUCGAUUUUGCUAGUAUGCGACGUUCGCUAUCAGCGUGAUGAUCGUUGAAAACUAUGAACCCUUUGUCAGUGAAACUUUCCAGAGGAAAGGAAACGAAGUCUUCUGCACUGUGCAGGAUGAGUGAAGAGCCUUUUACCGUGUUUUUAAGUGUCUUACGUAUCUCGCUUCUUCUAAUUUAAUCGGUCGAUAAUUUAUUCUGUCCAGAGGACGAUAAGUAUGCGCGAUGGAUCAACGGUUUCAAUAUAUCCGUGUGUCCAUUAAACGUAUUUUCCCUUGUCAACUGUAUUUAUUUACACGAGAUAUUAGAUCAAGAUUCUCUUCCGAAACUCGUGUCAGCUAGACGGCUUGAUUCCCGCGACGAACAUUACUUUUAAAGUGUUCCUUCCGCAUCGUCGUCGAAACGGGAAACUGUACUUUUCAGGAAACAUUCCAGAAUCGCGAAUUCAGACGUCACUUUCCAGGAAAGACGUGCAUUCGUUUGAAUAAAUAAAUAUCGGCAAGCGCGACGAGCCGUCUCUCGGACAUUUGCAUAGAAUCCAUUCGAUAUACGGCAAGGUGGCACAUGUAACGAUCGCGUCGAAGAGUCGCGAUCGUUAAAGCCGGGAAACGCGAGUCAUUUGCGCGGUAAGCUGUCCAUCUGGGGAUGACGAAGGAAGGAUUUGCAUAAACGCGAUGUACCGUGCAGCAAUAACAUGCCUCAAUGAUCGAAAACAAUCGUUGACGAUCGCGUUUGAUUGUUAAUGGUUUUUACGCGAUUCCGAAGAUCAGUUUUGUCGAGCGUCAACAAUUUUUUUUAACAAUAGUUCUAGCGACUCCUUCCUCCGUCUAUUUUUGAGAAAAAGCGAUUUCGUUUUUAUGCUGUUAGAAGCGCAAUGCAUCUUCCUCUUUUCAGCCACACACACACACAUAAUCCCUUGUAUCUUUUUCAUAUGCCUAUGUAUCAUUUCUUAACGAUGUUACUUUUUAUCAUUCGCGCCGAUAAAGUUAGAAGUCGUUUCGAUCCGCCGCGUCACGAGAAGACACUUUGCUAAUAUAGAAGUGCCAAGUCAGUGAAAAGAAAUAAAAUAUUUCCGGCGAGAGAGAAUAGCUUCGCGAAACGAUACUCGUUCUCUGCCUGUAACUUGGCUUCUCAUGCAGAAAUAUUGUCGGACGCUUUACCAAAUCAUCAUUGAAUAGAUGAUGUUGUUACAAGAGUCGUGGCUAACCGGCGAAGAUUGGUGUUGGUGAUGACGACUAUGAUUGCGAUGAUCCCUCCGUGAUCUCCGACGCGAAACAAAGACUGUCCCCAAUCGUGUGUCAGCGUAUUGCUGGACUGCAGCCGCCAAUCGAUUCCUCUGCGUGAAGUGUCCUUUUCCGUCGGGGGACACUACCGAGACUUAUCCUUUUUUUUUUUUCAAGGCGUGCCCAACUGCCUUAAUCAGCGAGUUCUGAGCGACCACUGCCACAACGCGUUGCGUCAGCGAGCGUGACUUUACUCUAGCAAAAUGAAGGAGCAAAGCUUCGAAGCAUCCCGCGUUCCGUCGCGAAGUCGGGAAGCCUCGCGUUCCACGCUUAAAACCGGAGCACAGACCUUUGCAAAACGCAUAAUGCAUAAAGCAUGAGAGAAUAGAUCAAUCAGAAUAUUUCCAGUCUAUGAAAUGAAAGAUUGGUUGAUUCUCAUAUGUUUUAUGCGUUAUGCAAAGGUCUGUGCUACGGUCUUCAGACGAAGCUUCGAGAGCCGUGAGUGACUCGCACAUAUGCAUUUCGUUCCCUAGUGUAAAUAGAUAGGUAGACUGUUAAGGAUCGUCUCCCUCUCCCGUUUCUCCUUCGAUUAAUUAGAUAGAUUUUAAUAAUUUAUUCUUUAGCUAGAAUUUUCUCGUAUUUAUAUACAUAUAUUACGGUAAUAUUACAUGUAUGUCGCACGAUCCAACUCGUACUAGCGCGCGUGAACACGCGUUUAGGGGAAUAGUUGAACCUCGAGUUUAGAGCGCCGGCAAGAGAGGAGAGAGAGAGAGAGAGAGAGAGAGAGAGAGAGAGAGAAGGAGAGAAAGGG